AUGUGACGUCGCAGUAGUGCUUGUGACUUGCGAAAUACAGAAAGGAGCUGGUUAAGAAAACAAGCCUCAUUAUCUGAGCGUUUUGUGCUUAAAUAAAAUCUAAACAUCGACAAGCAAGAACACAUCGACAACUUCCUGCUGGAAACUACCACAGCAGCCGACAUCUACCUCAUGAAAUGCAGCACUCGGUAGGAUGAUCAGCAAUCAAGAAGAAGAUGAGUUUGUUGCAGUGCGGGUCCAAGACCCCCGCAUACAGAACGAAGGCUCGUGGAAUUCUUAUGUGGAUUAUAAAAUAUUCCUACAUACCAACAGUAAAGCCUUCACAGCCAAGACGUCGUGCGUGCGUCGGCGUUACAGUGAGUUCGUCUGGCUCAGGAAGAAGCUUCAGAAGAACGCUGGUUUGGUGCCAGUCCCAGAGCUUCCAGGAAAGUCCUUCUUCUCCUUCAACAAUGAGGACUUCCUGGAGAGAAGAAGGAAAGGACUUCAGGCCUUUUUGGACAAUGUGGUGAACAUGACAGUAUGCCUGUCAGACAGCCAGCUCCACCUCUUCCUGCAGACUCAGCUGCCAGUCGGUCACAUCCUGGACUGUGUGCAGGGCCACACUCCCUACUCCGUGACGGACGCCAUCCUCACCUACGCCUCGUCCAAUCGGGGCUUCGCUCAGGCUCAAGAGGACGAUUCCAUCAAGGAGCCAAGUUUGACUAUUUCUUAUGAGUCCAUGGAGAGUCCAGCUCCUCAUCAACCUUGCCUACAACCUAGAGAGAGCUUCAGCCCUGAGCUUUUGUCCUGUAAUGACUCGGACCCUCUUGAAGGUUUGCUGGAGGUCUGCGAUGAGGACACAGUUGAGUUACAGAACAAGGAGAAAUCCUCAGUAAGGGUCCUCCAGAAAAACAAUCAUCUAGAGGCCGUUGUUGUGGACCCUGGCCCGACAGAGGUGACUUUUUUUCUGGGUGAAAGCCAAGAUGUUGCUGAGAGUCUCAGCCCUGCAGAACAGAUCCAGCAAAGAUGCUGUCAGAUACAAACACCAGUGGAGGUGCACUCGCCCAUGGGGCCUGACUUCGAAGAGAACAAGAUGGACAGCUUGUUUGAGGGGUGUUCAGCAAGAGAGGAGAGCGUUACAUUAGAUACAGAAGAAGAAACUGUUCCUCAUCCAGACACAGAGAAAAAAGCUGAUCAGUGGGAAAGUUCAGUGGAGGCAAAGACGGAAAAGGUUUUAGAAAAUCAUGUAACCUCUGAAGUUAGUGCUAUCAACGUGUUUGAGACCACCGAGGUUCAUGUUGAAGAUGUCAGCUGUCCGGAGGGGUUUAAGAACUCAGACGAACACAAAGAGCCAGACAACGAAAAAAGUGAUGAAUCUGAGAGCAAAGAGGAGACGCCACUUCAGUCAGAAAUCCAUGAAGACACCCACAAUGUGCACAGUGUCCCAGAGGUGCAACGCAGUGGCGAUGACACUGUUCAACCAAUGGACCAAGUCGAACAGGAAGAGGAUCUGGUUAGGACCAAAGAGGACAGUGACGAGGACAGCCACUCAAUUUCCAAUGAGAGCAUCGUCAAAGUCAGCGAUGAAGAAAGCAUUUGUGAAGAGGCCGAGGACUCAAUCCAGGCUGCAAUUGGCUACAUGAAGACGUCUCCUGAGGAGGUCACUCACUGGUCACAUGUAGAUCCCUCCAGUAGAAACAUUUUGGACCUACACAUGAAUGGAUGCCCUGUGGAAAAAGAGGACAUUUCAGUCAGGGAGAACGAGGACCUGCAAUACAUUAGCAACAAGAGUGACUUGAAUCAUUUUCUGGAUUUGAACUCACCUGUAACUGGUGUAGAUUUGACUGAAAAUAGUGACUUCAGCAUCUUAGAGAGCAGCUGCACGCCUGGAUUAGCUCAUAGUAAAUGUAUGGAGCAGGAAGCCUUGUCCUCGCUGUCUUUUGACGCCUCAGAGGAGACUCACGAGGUGGAGGUGCAUUACUUAGACAGCUGAAUGGCACAACAUAGGGGGGCUGCACACUCACAGAGUCAGAGAAAUGGAUUGUGG